AGUGCUGCAGCAGCUCCCAGUCCAGUGCUAGGAAACAUUCCCCCAGGAGAUGGCAUGCCAGUAGGUCCUGUACCACCGGGUUUUUUUCAGCCUUUCAUGUCCCCUCGGUACCCUGGAGGUCCAAGGCCGCCUUUAAGAAUACCCAAUCAGGCACUCGGAGGUGUCCCAGGAAGUCAGCCAUUAUUGCCUAGCGGGAUGGACCCAACACGACAGCAAGGGCAUCCAAACAUGGGUGGACCAAUGCAGAGAAUGACUCCUCCAAGAGGAAUGGUUCCAUUAGGACCACAGAACUAUGGAGGUGCAAUGAGACCACCGCUGAAUGCUUUAGGUGGCCCGGGGAUGCCUGGAAUGAACAUGGGUCCUGGGGGUGGUAGACCUUGGCCAAACCCAACCAAUGCCAAUUCUAUACCUUAUUCUUCAGCAUCUCCUGGGAACUAUGUAGGUCCUCCGGGAGGUGGAGGGCCACCAGGAACACCUAUCAUGCCUAGUCCUGCAGAUUCAACCAACUCUGGAGACAACAUGUACACUUUAAUGAAUGCAGUACCACCUGGACCCAACAGACCUAAUUUUCCAAUGGGACCAGGGUCAGAAGGACCUAUGAGUGGACUGGGUGGAAUGGAUUCACAUCAUAUGAAUGGAUCAUUAGGCUCAGGAGACAUGGACAGUAUUUCCAAAAACUCUCCCAGUAAUAUGAGCAUGAGUAAUCAGCCUGGCACUCCCAGAGAUGACGGUGAGAUGGGUGGAAACUUCCUAAACCCUUUCCAGAGUGAGAGCUACUCCCCUAGCAUGACGAUGAGUGUGUGAUCCAUUAACAAGUCUCACGAUGAAGACCACAGUGAGUUGGCCCUCUUCAGAGAGCUACUGCAGAAGAAAAUUUUCAUCCCAGUGUACAGUUUAACAAAAGGAUCUCAGACACAAUCAGACCCACCAUUUUUUUUUCUACCAUCUCCCCCAUUUUGUCAAGAAAGUGGGUCCCAAACAUGAUUGAGACAACUGUGGCGUAAGAGAACUGCCCAAGAUGGAACUGCAAACAAUUAUCUGUGUAUGUACAUGCGUGGGUUAAUGUAUAUGUAUGUGUGUGUGAUAUAGAAAUACACACAUACAUAUAUAGACCCACAGGACAUUGUAAAAUAUUAUCACAUGACAUCUUAAGUAGAAAUGAGAAGUAGGGACUUUUAUUCCAUCUUUUUUUUUUUCACGUUUACAUUUUAAUUAUUAAAAUUUUCUUUCCCUCUCCCCUCCUGAACUGUUUUCUGUUGCAUAUAUCACUGCUUUAUAAGUUAUUUUUUAAGGUGAACACAAAUGAUAAAUUCUUCUGAUUUUGUAAAUGUCUGCCAUUAUGGAUAGGAAUAAAAUUGCUUAUAAGAGCUUUCAUUAACUUGUAUUUGAUACCAGUUACCCUGUGAAUCACAAACUGUACUGUCUCAAGAAAUAGAAGAAAGCUCAUCUUAAUUUUUUGGAGAAAUUUAAUAAUUUUCACCUAGUUUGGUGAUUUUUUUUUAGUACUUUGCCUUUAAAGAAAGAAGCACUGAAGGUUAUUUUUCUUCUUUAAUUGAAGCCUAAUAUCUGCAAUAUCUAUUUUAAAUGGAAGUCUGAAUUUGAUACAAGCUUCUCAGUUUAUAUAGAGUACUAUAAGGUUACUGUAAGU